AUGCCCCGUAUGCAACAGGACUUCAAAGUAACUGGCUCUCAAUCAGAUCUGCUGGCAGGCCACAAUAAUUAUAGCCUGAGUAGUGUUCACUCGAUGGACCCUACCACUAUGAGGAGUUGUCUGCAAUCAGAUGGCCAGGUGAGCCAUCACCAGGAAAUUGAUUCCUUCCGCACUGUGAAACCACCCCCUCGGCAGGAUGAUUGUACGGGCAUGGCCCUGCAUAUUGGGAUGUUCCAUCCAAAUUCUAUUCGGCCUAACAUACCAAGUUCUGCAUCAAGCCCGGCAUCAAAUUCAUCAAGUGCUGCAUACUGGAAUGGGUUAGAGGAUCUGUUGGUUGAGUUUAGCCAGGUGGUGUUAAAUUGA